AUGGGCGGCUGCUCUGGCAAGUACCAUGAGCUGCUUAGGCAGCUCCAGCGCCAGGCUGACUUCAUGCAGAACCCCAGCAUGCUCCUGGAGCCCUACAUCCACAUCCAAGGCCUGGAUGUGCCGGUACUGCAAGAACGCUGCAAGGAGCGCCCCGGGGCCUUCCCCAGCGAGGAUGCCCUGCGGGGGCUCAGCAGGCCAAGCUUCCUGCAUGCACUGGACACCAGGCUGAGCCACACCCUGCACAGACUGAAGGCUCUCCAGAAGGGUCUCCCCGAAGCCAAGUUCUUGGAGGCAGCCGUGCUAAACAUCCGCGGGUUCAGGAACAACAUUCACUGCAUGGCCCAGCUGCUCCCGGACACCUCAGAGGCCACGAAGCCCACUCAGGAGAGCCCGUGGGUCUUGCCGUCGGCAACCUCUACCUCAGACACCUUCCAGCUCAAGUUGGAGGGCUGCAGGUUCCUGAGUGGCUUCGGCCGCUUCAUGCACGCCGUGGGGCAGGUCUUCAGGGGCUGGCGGUUGAGCCCCAGCCGCAGCCGUAGACACAGCCCCCCCCCAGCCCUACGGAAGGGGGCCGGCAGGACGCGCCCCUCCAGCAAGGGCCAGAGACUGGUGGUCAGGGUACAGCUGCUGCGGUAG